UUUUUUUAGUGGAGUUCCUAAUUUGAUUGAAAAGAACAAGGGGAAUAUUUACAUGUCAAGUACAAGUCCACCAAGUGUUAUAAAAGCAUAUUACAAGCAAUAUGGAAAAGAUUUUACAAAUUUUCUGAAAUAUCGUUCUGAAGAAUUGAUGAAAGGUGGGAAAAUGGUAUUAACAUUUUUAGGAAGAGAAAAUGAAGAUCCCUCUAGCAAAGAAUGUUGCUAUAUUUGGGAACUUUUAUCCAUGGCCCUUAAUGAAUUGGUUGUUGAGGGAUUGAUAGAAGAAGAGAAAUUGGAUGCCUUCAACAUUCCUCAAUAUACACCAUCACCAGCAGAAGUGAAGUACAUAGUUGAGAAAGAAAAUUCAUUCACCAUUAAUAGAUUGGAAGCUACAAGAAUCCAUUGGAAUGCUUCUAAUGAUCAUAUUAAUGGUGGUUAUAAUGUGUCGAGGUGCAUGAGAGCUGUGGCUGAACCUUUACUU